AUGGCCCAUCCUCAACCAUCGCCGCCUGGAGGCGUGCCUCCUCAUCAUGGGCCUCUCGCGGCUCAUCCACAAUUGAAUGGCCACAUCCCUGUGCAAUCCGCUGGUCAGAAAGGCCCGCCUUUGACCACCGCGCAGAAGAUUGCUGCUUUGAACGAGCAAGUCUGGCUCCAAAUUGGAAGCUUGACUGAAUUGAUGGGCGAUCUCGACGGCGGUAUGGCUGCGUACGAGCAGGCGCUCCGACACAACCAAUGGUCUAUUCCCGCGAUGACAGCCAUUUCGCAAAUCAUGCGGACUCGAGAGCAAUUCCCGAAGGCCAUCGAAUAUCUUCAGCAAGUGCUUAAAUUAGAUCCUCAGAGUGGGGAGACAUGGGGCAGCUUAGGUCACUGUCAUCUUAUGAUGGACAACCUGCAGGAAGCCUAUACUUCGUACCAGCAGGCGCUCUAUCACCUGAGAGAUCCCAAGGAACCCAAAUUGUGGUACGGUAUUGGUAUCUUGUAUGAUCGUUAUGGAUCUCUCGACCACGCGGAAGAGGCUUUCUCUCAGGUCAUGCGCAUGGCCCCCGACUUUGAAAAGGCGAAUGAAAUCUACUUCCGUCUCGGAAUAAUAUACAAGCAACAGCAAAAGUUCAAUCAGAGCUUGGAAUGCUUCAAGUACAUCGUCAAUGACCCUCCCCGUCCAUUGACCGAAGAAGACAUCUACUUUCAAAUUGGUCAUGUUCAUGAGCAACAGAAAGACUUCGAUGCUGCUCAAGCGGCCUAUCGUCGAGUGCUUGACAAAGAUCCGAACCAUGCCAAGGUUCUACAGCAGCUCGGAUGGUUGUAUCACCAGCAGAGCACAAGUUACGCAAGCCAGGAAAAAGCUAUUGAGUAUCUGGAGAAGUCGGUCAGCGCUGAUAACAAUGAUGCUCAAAGCUGGUACCUUCUCGGUCGUUGCUACAUGUCACAACAGAAAUACCCCAAGGCGUACGAGGCCUACCAACAAGCCGUUUACCGCGAUGGACGUAACCCUACCUUUUGGUGCUCAAUUGGUGUUCUCUACUACCAGAUCAACCAAUACCGCGACGCUCUUGACGCCUAUUCCCGUGCCAUUCGACUCAAUCCGUACAUUUCGGAAGUUUGGUAUGACCUUGGUACAUUGUACGAGUCGUGCAACAAUCAAACCGCCGACGCAUUGGAUGCAUACGGUCGCGCAGCAGAUUUGGAUCCUACAAAUGUUCAUAUCAAAGCUCGCUUGCAGCUGCUUCAGGGACAGGCACAAGGACAGACGCAGGGCAGCGCUCCAGCGCCAGUUCCACAGGACAUCCAUCCUCAGGCUUACCAGGGACCAGGUGUUGGUGCACCACCCGCUCCUCAAUGGGGAGCUCCUGCUCCAACCGGUGGUCCCCCACCACAGGCCCCAGCCCCUCCUCGUCAAAUUGCUGACUGGAAUCGCGGUAUCAAUGACAUUCAAAACGCGCCUCAACAUCCUCCUCAGCCUUCAGCAGGCUACGAGCCGCGUGAAGGUCUUCGCGGUCCAGCUCCUGGACAGCACCCGAGCCCUCGUCAGGAUCUACGAUCUGCAUUCCCCGAGCCCCGUGGGCCGGCACCUCGAUCGCCAGCACCUAAUGCAUACCCUCAGUCACACACUUUGCCGCAGCUUGCAGCCCCCGCUCCUGGUCCUCACGAUCGUCCUCCUAAUGGCGCUGGUUUCCGCGGUGGUCCUCUCGGUCCCAAUGGUGCUCCGGCUCCUGGAGCAGCUCCUCCUCCAGGCUAUCCUGCUCGUCCUUUCAGUCCUCCUACUGAGAUUCGACCACUUCGCGAGAUCUCGGAUCGUCCUUCUUCUCCAGGUCCCACUUACCCUCACCAACAAUUCCAUCACGGUCCUAGUAUCCAAGGCGGCGCAGGCAUUGCCGGAGGUGCGCCUCCUCCAGCCUCUGCCAUGACAGCCGCCGAUGCUGCAGCCCGUGAUCGUGUUGAUGACCGUCCUACAUCUGCCAUGAAGCGUGGCCGCGACUGGGACAGUGUCGAGGGACCAAACAAGAAGAUUGCAAACGAAGAGAGUCGUCUUCGUCAGGACGAGAUUGGCCGCCGAGCCACCCCUCCACUUGAGUUACACCGCCGUAGCUCAUCCGAGGCACGUCGCGAGGAGCAGCGUCGCGCCAACGAGAACUACCAUCCUUCCGAAGCUGCGCAUCACCCUCCUACGCUUCCAUCCAUCCAACAUAUGCAGCAACCUGCUGGACCUUCUACUAUCCCACCUAUGUCUGAAGGACCUCAGCCAGCGUCUAACCCGCCAUCCGCUGGACCUGAUAAUCAAGCUCCUUCUGUCAAGGAAGAAGCUGGUCGGAAGGAACCGGCACCAUUGCAUGAACCUGCUGCUCGUAAGAUGGAUGUUGAUGAAGACUACGAUGACGACGGUGAUGACGACAAGCGUGCUGGUGCUGGAUUGAAGGGUAGCCCUCGAGGUAAUGGUGCUGGUGGAUCUACCAAUGGCAACUUUGCCAAUGGUAACUCCAGCUCAGCCAAGUCGGAGGCUACUUAA